AUUUGUGAAUAAGUUUUUGCGGCACUAUUUUUGUCUUAUUAACUGAGAUUUGCUCUAGUUGAAAUGAUGGAGUCUAUAUAACAAUAGCAGCCUCAUUAUCAGUCUUCGCAAGCAGCUUAUCAAGUUUGAUUCAUUUCUUUCACCCCUGAUACUUAAAAGCCAGAAAAUUUAGUACAGUUUGAUGGAUUUAAGUCAAGUAACCAAUGUCACGGAGUUUGAGGCAAUUGCAAAGAAGAAACUGCCCAAGAUGGUUUACGACUAUUUUGCAUCAGGUGCUGAGGAUGAAUGGACCCUCAAAGAGAACCGCAGUGCAUUCUCCCGGAUACUGUUCCGACCCCGUAUCCUCAUAGACGUAAGCAGCAUAGACAUAAGCACAACUAUUUUGGGCUUCAAUGUUUCGAUGCCUAUUAUGAUUGCUCCCACUGCUAUGCAAAAAAUGGCUCAUCCUGAAGGAGAGUUUGCAAUAGCAAGAGCAGCAUCUUCUGCUAGUACAAUCAUGACACUAUCCUCAUGGGGUACUUCCAGCAUCGAAGAGGUAGCGUCAACUGGACCUGGCCUACGGUUUUUCCAGCUCUAUGUUUACAAAGACAGAAACGUGGUAAGAAACCUAGUAAAGAGAGCUGAAAAGGCUGGGUACAAGGCAAUUGCCCUUACUGUAGAUACUCCAAGGCUUGGGAGGAGGGAAGCAGAUUUUAAAAACAGGUUCAAUUUGCCACCACACUUGACACUCAAAAACUUUGAGGGCAUGGACAUUGGCAAAUUUGACAAGAAUGCAGAAGAUUCUGGACUAACCAAAUAUGUUGCUGGUCUAGUUGACCGAUCUCUUAGCUGGAAGGAUAUUGCAUGGCUUAAAACGAUUACUCACUUGCCAAUUCUAGUGAAGGGUGUGAUAACUGCUGAGGAUGCUAAGAUAGCAGUACAGACCGGAGCAGCAGGGAUUAUUGUCUCAAAUCAUGGCGCACGACAACUUGACUAUGUACCUGCAACUAUUAUGGCUUUGGAAGAGGUAGUCCAAGCUGUACAAGGUAAAAUUCCAGUAUUUCUUGAUGGCGGGGUUCGGCGUGGCACGGAUGUCUUCAAGGCCUUGGCCCUGGGGGCAGCUGGCAUAUUUGUUGGAAGGCCUAUAAUUUGGUCGUUGGCAGCUGAUGGUGAGGCUGGUGUGAGUAAAGCACUUGAGAUGCUACGUGAGGAGUUUGAGCUAACUAUGGCAUUGAGUGGAUGCCGCUCAAUCAAAGAGAUCACACGCAAACAUAUCACAGCACCAUGGGAUCGUGCUCAGAUCACACCAAGGUUAUAAGUUCCAUCAAAUUAAACAGAAUGGACCAAACAUUGCUGUUCAGGAGCUGCCCUAUUGUUUAGUAUAUGAUCAUCUCUUUAGAGUUGUGAUGUGUAUAAUUCUUUCAGCCUCAAUAAAGUUCUCAGCAACAGUUAUACAUCCCCGGGUAGCUGCUCAUUGUACUGCCCCUUCAAUUAUGUGAGACUUGAAGUGAUUGUCAAUUUUUGUGUUUCUUGUAGUGGUGGAAAAGUGAAUUAUUUUUGUUUUAGGCCUUGGCUAUGUUGUGGAAAUAACAUUGCCAUCAGGACCUGCAUAUAGAGCCACUGUUAAGAUUUAAGCCUCUGGUUUCCGAAUAAAAUUUACUACGCCAGUACUUCA